AGCAGAUUAAUAGUGCUAAGGCUGAAGAAAUGUUUAUAUUAUCAAAGAGUCGUGGCAAUGAAAGAGCGGGUGAGGUGUUAAAAAGGAUUGAGGCUGCGAAAGCAAAAAAGGCCGCUGUGCAAAAUUUAUAG